AUGUAUUUAAGUGUAACAACCAUAGAAAAGUGUUAGAUUUGUGAAAUUUAAAUAUAGUGCGAAUCUGUGGAGAUGAAUCCAUUUGGAAAAUCCCAAAUGAGAAAAAAAUCAGUAAAGCCCGCUCCAAUAAUCGCAGCAGGCUUAACAAUCCUCCUAACAAUCCAUGUAUACCUCUCCUUCAUAGGAGGAUCUUCCUCCUCGGGCUCCUCCUUCCCCCAAACAUUCGCUUCCCGGGCCGGGGCCGAAUGCGACCUGUUUACGGGCGAAUGGGUGCGGAAUCCGGAGGGCCCGUACUACACCAACGAGACGUGCGAUGCAAUUCAGGAGCAUCAGAAUUGCAUGAAAUUCGGGCGGCCCGACACGGACUACCUCAAAUGGAGGUGGAAGCCCGACGCUUGCGAGCUUCCGCUAUUCCAGCCCGAUCUCUUUCUGCAGAUGGUUAAGGGAAAAUCGUUAGCCUUUAUUGGUGAUUCCGUCGCUAGAAAUCAUAUGCAGUCCUUGAUUUGCCUCUUGUCUAAGGUUGCACGUCCCGUAGAGUCCGCAGACGCAUUGCAUACAAAAAUAUUGUACCAAUACAAAGAGCACGACUUCAACAUCACUAUUUUUUGGACGCCGUUUCUGGUCAAGACCGGAAUCAUAGACCCCUCCAAGGGCCGCCCGUUCGAUCUAUACCUCGACGAGUUCGACGACACGUGGUCCAACCAAAUCUCGCGUUUCGACUACGUUAUAAUUUCCGCGGGCCCAUGGUUCUUCCGCCCGAGCUACAUCCACUUCAACCGCAGCCUCCACGGCUGCGUCUACUGUCCCGAGCCUAACUCGAACAUCACGCACCUCGCGCCGGGCUUCGCGUACCGCCACGCCUUCCGCACGGCGUUCCGCGCCAUCAAUGCCGCGCCCGGGUACGAAGGCGUGACGUUCGUGCGGACCUACGCGCCGCCGCAUUUCGAGGGCGGCGCGUGGGACAAUGGCGGGGACUGCGUGCGGAAGACGCCGUUUGCGAGGAACGAGACUACACUCGCGGAGGGCGCGUCGGAGUUUCAUACGAUACAGUUGGAGGAGCUAGAAAUUGCAAGAAGAGCAGGGACGGUAAAUGGAGGGAAGUUUGUUCUGUUUGACACCACCAUGCCGAUGUGGCUGAGGCCGGAUGGGCAUCCUAGUAAAUAUGGCCAUUUACCAGGGGCAAAUGUGGUAUUGCGUAAUGACUGCGUGCAUUGGUGCUUGCCUGGCCCCAUUGAUGCUUGGAAUGAUUUUUUGCAGGAAUUGUUGAGGAGAGAAAUUCAACACAGUUAAAAUUUCAAUUUUUUUUUAUAUAGGAAAUUUUCGUGUAAUACUCCUAUUAUCAAUUUAUCAUCACAUGGCGGUGGAUUUUAAUUACAGUCAUUCAUUGAUGAUAAUGUUGAUGAAAAUACUGCCCCACUUUUUGUUGUGUAAUGUGUAUGCUUUUCAAUAUUUGUUGUUUAUGAAGUAGGUGUAUUUUAAAUGAAAUGAUGUUGACAUC